CCGCCGUCCCCGUCCCCGACCCCCCUCCUCACUCCGGCGGCGCCAUUUUGGCGGCGCCGUCUGACGUCAGUUCCGGACGGCGCCGGCCGGAAGCGAGCGGGCAGCGGCGCGCGCGAGGCCGCGGGCCGCGCGGGCAGGAUGGGGGACAGCGAUGACGAGUAUGACCGGCGCCGCAGGGACAAAUUCCGGAGGGAACGGAGCGACUACGAACGAUCCAGGGAGCGGGAGGAGAGGAGGAGGGAGGACUGGAGUGACCGGGACUGGGAGCGGGGCCGGGAGCGGCGCUCCCGCGAUUACCGGGACUACGACCGGACCCGGCGGGAGCGAUUCUCCCCGCCCCGGCACGAGCUGAGCCCCCCUCAGAAACGGCUGCGCAGGGACUGGGAUGACCAUGGCACUGACCCUUACCACAGUGGCUACGAGCUGCCAUACAGCGGGGGAGGGGCGGGCCCCACCUAUGGCCCCCCCCAGACACCCUGGGGACCCCACGAGAUGCAGCACCAGCUCCUGCAGCACCAGCUGCUGCCCAUACAGGCCAGACUGGGCACCAUCGCAGAGGUGGACCUGGGCAUGGCCCCCCCGGUGAUGAAGAGCUUCAAGGAGUUCCUGCUGUCGCUGGACGACGCCGUGGAUGAGACGGAGGCGGUGAAGCGCUACAACGAUUACAAGCUGGACUUCCGGCGGCAGCAGCUGCAGGAAUUCUUCCUGGCCCACAAGGAUGAGGAGUGGUUCCGUUCCAAAUACCACCCGGACGAAGCCGGGAAGCGGCAGCAGGAGGCACAGGCUGCCCUCAGGAACCGUCUCGGGGUUUUCCUUUACCUAUGGGAGCACGGCUGGUUCGACAACCUGCUCCUGGAUAUCGACCGCGCCCCCCAAAUCAUCAAAACCCUCGAUGCAGCGGUGAUUAAGAUGGAGGGGGGUACGGAGCACGACCUGCGGAUCCUGGAGCAGGAGGAAGAGGAGGAGCGGACGGAAAAGGCCGAAGGCCCCAAAAAGGAGGAGCCGCGGCCGCCGGAACCCGCCGGGAAAGGCCCUGCAGAGCGCCCCGAUGGCGAUGACAGCACCAAGACCGAAGGGGCGGAGCCAGGGGCGGAGCCUGCGUCGGGGGCGGGGCCAGAGGAGAAGGGGCCGGACAAGGGGCCCAAGGCUGAGGAAGGUGACAAGGAGGGCGGGGCCAAGGUGGCCAAGGUGCGGCCGCGUCAGCGCAGCCGGGACAGCGAGGACGGGGACAGCGACAGUGGGGACAGCGAGGGGGGGACACGGAGAGCCAAGGAUGAAGAACCCAAAGAGGACAAAACCCACCCCGAGGACACCUCCGGAACCCCUCCCCCUACAACCACCCCUUCCCCACCCCAAAAACCCAAGGAGGGGAUCCCGGGGGGGGCAGCCCCCGACCCCAAACCUCGACCCCUGCACAAAACCUGCUCGCUGUUCAUGAGGAACAUCGCUCCAAACAUCGCCCAGGCCGAGAUCGUGGCGCUGUGCAAGCGCUACCCUGGCUUCAUGAGAGUGGCGCUGUCGGAGCCACAGCCCGAGAGGAGGUUCUUCAGGAGAGGUUGGGUGACCUUCGACCGCAGCGUGAACAUCAAGGAGAUUUGCUGGAGCCUGCAGAACAUCCGGCUCCGCGAGUGCGAGCUGAGCCCCGGCGUGAACCGGGACCUGACGCGCCGUGUCCGGAACGUGUCCGGGCUCACCCAGCACCGCCCCAUCGUGCGGCACGACAUCAAGCUGGCCGCCAGGCUGGUGCAGGCCCUGGACGGCCGGGCCCGGCUCUGGAGCCCCCCGGGCACGGCGGGGCCGGCCCCGGGCGCGGCGGGACACGACGCCCCCGGGGACGGCGGGGACGCCCCCGGGGACGCCCCUGAGCCCCCGCCCGCCACCGAGCCCGGGGCCCAGAACCCGGUGCUGCGCCACAUCACCGAUUACCUGAUCGAGGAGGUGAGCGCUGAGGAGGAGGAGCUGCUGGGACAGGGACAGGGACAGGGACAGGGACAGGGCACGGCCACUGGCGAGGACACGGCGCGAGAAACCAACCCGGCCGAGGUGACGGUGGAGCGUGACGAGAAACUGCUCAAGGUCCUGGACCGUCUCCUGCUGUACCUGCGCAUCGUUCACUCUGUGGAUUAUUACAACACCUCCGAGUACCCCAACGAGGAUGAGAUGCCCAACAGGUGUGGGAUCAUCCAUGUCAGGGGGCCCCUGCCCCCCAACCGCGUGUCCCACGGCGAAGUGUCCGAGUGGCAGCGGGGUUUCGAGGCGCGCCUGGCCCCGCUCCUGGCCGGGCCGGGCUCGGUCCCCGAGGAGGAGGCGCAGCGCCUCGGCCGCAAGGACCCCGAGCAGGAGCUGGAGAAAUUCGUCAGCGCCAACACCCAGGAGCUGGGCAAGGACAAGUGGCUGUGUCCCCUGAGUGGGAAAAAGUUCAAGGGCCCCGAGUUCGUGCGCAAACACAUCUUCAACAAGCACGGGGACAAGAUGGCCGCCGUCAGGAAGGAGGUUUUGUUCUUCAACAAUUUCCUGAUGGACCCAAAACGUCCGGCACUGCCCGAGGGGGGCAAGGGGGGCCCGGCCAGCGGCCCCAACGCUGUGAACCCUGUUUCCCUUCUGUCCCCAGGCCUGUCCCCGGGGGGGCUCCCAUACCCCCCCCAGUCCCCCCAGGGGUUGAUGCCCUACGGGACCCCCCGGCCCCCCAUGCUGGGAUAUGGAGGUACCGAAUUCAGGGGGGGUUGGGGAAAUUUGGGGAGGGGUACGCUCCCACCCGUACCCCCCGGACCCUACGGGGGUCGUGGCAGCUACGAAACCUUCCGGGGGCAGGGCGGGGCCGGGGGGGGGUACCUGAACAAACCCCGCAGCAGGUUGGUGCGGGGGGACCCCCGUGCCAUCGUCGAGUACCGGGACCUGGACGCACCCGAGGAUGUGGAUUUCUUCUGACCCCUCCCCCACCCUCCGGGACCCCAAUUUUGAUACUUCCCCACCCCCUACCCCUCCCCCAUUUGUACAACCCCUCCCAGGUUCCCUCCAAAAAUCCCAAAUAAAACAUUCGACACCGUGGCCGGGGCGCACGGG